AAAUAUUUGCUACACUUUUCCCCGUUUAGUAUAUCGUUUGACCUCGAUUCUACUUCGUAUUUAAACAAGUCAUUUUGAGGAAGAUUUGGUGGAUCGUAAAAAGAAAGACAACUUAUGUAUUUGUAUAACCAGAAACAGUGAAGGUUAAUCUCCAAAAGGGACUUACUACAAAAAGCAGCAAACUAUACGAACGAGCCAGAUAGCCAAAACCGCCUCCAGAUCACUAUGCUUCUAAGGGCGAAGAUGGCAAUGCUUUGUGCGGGUCUCAUCCAUAUGACGGUGGUCACCCUUGCGGCGCUGAUUUUACUGAUCAAGCCUUUAACCAAAGCAGAGAGGUACGGGCCAUACCUGAUGCAGCCCAAAAGUAACACACAUUUGUAUGUCGGAGCCAUUCUCCCGGAUGAUGUUUUCAAUAGUAACAUGGACCCAACAGCCAUUUACAACUACACAAGUCGCCAUCUUGGAUUGAUGAGUAGCGCCACCUAUGGAUUCUAUAUCAACUCACCAGCAUUAAAACCUGGAUUUUGGUCUGUAUCUAUAGAGAUCAUUGAACUAGACACAACCUCCACUGACAAUGAACAAUACUUUGUAAAAUAUAUAAACGAUUCGGAUAAUAUUACAAUUGCAAAUAAGGAUAACACAAUUAGUAACGUACAAUCGGACGCAGCGAAACAAAAGGGCAAAUGGUCCAUGGAAGUAGGAGUAUUCAAUGAUGAAUGCCAUACUUUCAAACGAUUUGUGAAAAAUGGUGUUGACUUUAUCAGCUACUUAGCUGAAACGGAUGCUCAGUUGCUCGUAUUUCAGACUUACAUUCCCAGACAGGAUCCAAAUGAGUUGGUCGACCAAAGCUGUUUUAAACUCCGCAACAGAGUCGGGGAAACAAACCUAAUCGAGAAGUGCCCCCCGAGAUGGCUAUGGGUGAAAGAUGUACCCGACCCAUUGAACGUAACUAAACUAAUGAAGGGAAAGUGCGUGGUAUCAUGGAUCAAAAGAUGCGCCAACUUUGAGGCAGCGACACGUGGUUGCAGAGGUCAUGGAGGACAAAUAGGCAUGGUCACAGAUGAGAUGAUUGAUCAGCUAUAUACUCAAGGAUUGUAUAGUGGUGGCGACAAGCUCAAAGUAGACGACAAUGUUUGGUUUAGUUUGCAGUACAUUGAUGGGCAAUACAAGGCUUAUGGUAAUCAAAAUAUUACGUACAUCAUCGAACAGGUACAAAAGUACGUAAACGUUUCACUGGUGCCGAAGGACGGCACGUGGUGUUUCACCAAACGCCGGGGCCAAUCACUGGCUGUUCCCCGAGAAUGCAGCGGAGGAGCUAAUGGGUUCUUCUGUGUCAUUGAUAAAGGGUAUUAUGACGACAUGCACUACUUCAACUUGGAGAACGCCACAUUUUGGCCUCAGAGACAAGACUGUGCCAUCUAUGCAGAUGACCUGGAUAGGUAUGGUCUUGGGUAUACACCCCCAGUUAGUACUAUACCUGGUGUAACUUUUUCACAAACGUUAGAAACGUCACAAACAACGUCUAAAAUAACAGAACUUACUAGUACUUCUGUGUCUAGUGAAACUAUAGACCAGUCAACAAUUGAACAAACUACUGAAAAUCAUAAUACUAGCAUCAGUACUGAAUCGAUAUCAGACUCGACCGGGCAAACUACUCUUAUACCACAUUCUACUUCAACUAGUGGUACAACUUUAAAGCAUGUAUCAACUGAUAAAAUAGGUGGAAUAUUUAAUACUGCUACUACUGAAUCUCAUGAAGCAAUCAAACCAGUAAACAGCACGUUAGUACGUGUUAAAUCAACAACUGUUGUGAUGCGACCUAUUCAACUGAAGCCAAGUACAACGCAAACUCCGGUCUAUACGCCUGUGAAGAAAUACGUGUAUGAACCGGAAGAGGCGUUCGCCGCCCCUGUUAUUGGGUCGAUUCCACUGGCGUUCAUGUUAAUCGGCCUUAUCGCCAUUAUUCUGCUUGAUAGUCAAAGACUCGCUCAAGAUAUAUGCAAAGGAUUAGGGCACCUGAUACAGUGCUUUAGUAAGAGGCGAAAACAUACGUCGGACGCUACAUUAAACGUACCUUCGCGUAGUCAUGAUGACAGGGGUUACCUAUAUAGGCAGAGAAGUUCUAAAAUAAGUGCUUCCACGGUUCAAGAGGAUGUCUAAGUUUUAAAAUCAACACAAAUUGAUAAUUAAUUCAGUGUGUUUAGUUAAUUUUCGAGUACCUCAAGCUAAUGAUAGUAACCAUUCAAAUGUUGAGAGUGCGGCUAAUAAUAACUUGAUAAUGAUGAUAAUAACUUAAUUCAAUGUGUUCUUAUGAGUAUCGUAACAACAUGUAACCAACAGCCUCUCAUGAUCAUAAUUUAAUGCUCAGUAUGGCUAGUCCGUUGUAUCACGUCCGUAAACUCGCAAUCGGGUGAAAACGGGCAAAGUGCAUCUAAUUUUUAGAAUCAACACAUAUGCAAUGGCUUCCGCAUAUUAAGCGAAUAAUCCGAUCAGAGGAUGGGUCCGGGGGGUGGGCCUAUUGAGCCAUAUUUGGACAGACUGAAGAAGAAAUUAAUUUUUUUAUAAGCAUACACAUGUUUAUUGAGCAUGCAUGGUUCAAAAACUGAAUGAAAACAAUAUAUAAUAUCCAAUUAUGAAAGACUCAUGACAAUGUUGCAAUUAUUAACUGAACAGUGGAAUUUGGUAGAAAUAGGCUAUUGUUCGCAAAAUCGCUGAAAAUUGAAAAGGUAUUUUUGACCCCCAUGUCACAUUAUUGGUUAUAUUUCUAUAUGGGGCUGUUGAAAAUGGUGCUAUUAUAUAUCAUUUUGUUGCAAAUUAAAUUAUCUUUAAAAUGAUAUAUCAUUAUUGGUGUACAUGUUAAAAAAUAAAUAUUAAUCAGGAAUAGUGGCUAGGGGGUGUUUUUUGGCCCACCC